AUGAGGCCGAAAGCUACGAUCGUAUUUGUGGCCUGCGUGUUUGGUAGUGUCGUCCUCUGCUCCGAUGAAGUGGACAAUGAUGCGUCGGCGACGACGCACGCACCUAACAUGAUGGACACCAUAACAGCGUUCAUGGACAAAGCAAUGCAGUCUCCAGACCUGGCGGGAAUAUCUAGAAAAAUAUUGGAGGCGGACAUAUCUACCAGCUGCACGAUAGGGCUGCUCAAGUUUAUGCGUGGGAUCAGGGCACUGGAGCCCUGGGCAGUCAGAUUAAUCGACGCCACUGCCAAGUAUCCUACCGGGCUCUUCCAAGGAACAUGGGCGGAUAUCGGUGCCUACGACGAGUGUAUCGAAACCAUUGUAAAAGAUGAAUAUGGUAACGAAAAAAUUAGAGGACAGUAUUGCAACGUCUACGUAAGGAUGAUGAACGACACCUCAUUUAUCGAUGCCAUGCUGCCAGCGUUUCUCAUGUCUCAUGAACGGACUCCCGAGAUUCUGAAUAUUCAGAAGGACGAAAGGGUUCCGGGAAUCCGACUGGGAAUCUGCUUCAUUUCGGACUGCGACAAAAAAGAUAUGCAAGCUCUCGCAAACACGUUGAUUACCGGCCCCACGAAAAUAACUGUGAAGAACUGCGUAACCGGCGAACCUGUUCUCUGGACGACUGCCCAGCUGGUGAUAGCAUCUCUCCUCGGAGCGCUAAUUUUAGUGUCAGUCAUCAGCACCAUCAUUGACGUCCGCGUGACACAAAGUGAAAAACUGCAGAGCAUGCCAGCACGGAGAAGCAAACUGAUGAAGUGCAUCACAGCAUUCUCGAUUCCUGCUAGUACCCGCCUCCUCCUUGCUGUCUCCCACGACAAAACGGACGAAGCUUAUUCCUACCGCUUUCUGCACGGUCUGCGGUUCUUCAGCCUAUUCUGGAUCGUGCUUGGCCACACUUCCAUCGCUUUUGACCCCAUCGUGUCGCGGUUUGUCAAUCUCCUCGAGAUGGCGGGCAGCUGGUCUUUCUGUGUGUUUUCGUCAGCGUUCCUGAGUGUGGAUACAUUCUUCUUCUUAAGUGGUUUCUUGCUUGCCUACAAUAUCGUGCAACAAGAUGCCAACAAGUUCUUGGUUUUUUUAAUAGCCAUCAUACGCCGACAAAUCAGGGUGACGGUACCGCUUGUGUUCUGCAUCGGCUGUUUCUACCUCGUUCCUCUUCUUACAUCGGGUCCGAAUUCCGAGGUCCUGUUCGAUAAGUUCUACAACGAAGUUCAGACGCACUGGUGGAAGCUUCUGCUGCAAGUCCGAAACUUUGCGAAAGCAUCUGAUCUGGAAUGCUUUUCCCACCUAUGGUACCUCUCAACGGACUUCCAAUUAUUCGUAAUUGGCCUCUGUAUUCUCCUUAUUUUUAGAAACAAAUGGUUUUGGAUGAACGCCACCUUCCUUAGCUUGUCCCUCAUCUGUUCCUGCAUUUCUGCGUGGCAGAUGUCCAGUGAAAACUACCUUCCAGUCAUUCCUCCCGUGGUAGACAAAAUUUCAACUCUGGCCGACACUUUCAACUAUGUGUAUAUGACGCCCUGGAAUCAUGGAACAUGCUUUUUUAUUGGUUGCGCAACAUCUCAGUUUAUUAAGAAAUAUAAGGACGCCAAGAUAUCUAAGGUGUUGCAAGUGCUGCUUUGGUGCAUCUCUCUCUCCUGCGGAGCGGCCUGCAUUCUUUCCCGGCAUCACUGGAACCCUGGAACCAUUAAGACUGGCGCCGCAGAGAACAUCGCAUUCGCUUUCUUUGAUCGUCUCAUGUGGGCUGCCUUCUUGGCAUGGCUAACGUUUUCCUGCGCAACUGGUGGAGGAGGUUUUCUCUGCCGUUUCCUCUCCUGGGGCGCCUUCGUUCCGCUGAGUAGACUUUCCUACGGCAUCUACAUCAUCCACAUGCCGUACUUUGUGACUUCCUACUACGUGGCCAGAGAGCGCGUCUUCUACUCGUUUUUUACUGUGAUAUCGAAGACGUUCUCUAUUUUUGUAUGGAGCGCUCUUCUAAGCUAUAUAGUCUUCGUCAUCUGCGAAUGUCCCACCGGCAGGAUUGAAAAGAUGUUCUUCAUGCCCGAGCGACUGAAGAUGACCAAACAACAAAAGAAACUUGAAGAUAGUGACAGGGAACACCUGGGAAUCAGAAAAAAGUUCCCAGAGUUAGUAAUAUCCCAAGCAAACCCUCCAAAAUUUAAUGGCAAUGCUAAUGAGUACUACUCUCAUUUAUAGCCUGAAGACGCACGUUUUUUAUUUCUCAAUUCUUGAAGCACACGCCUUUAUAUGUUCAUGGAAGAAUAUAGAUGUUACGUUCUGUGAACGUCUCUAGAAA